GCCGCGGCCCAGCAGCGACUCUCCAAGGUUGCCGCCGAUAUUCCGGCGCCCAAAGGUCGUUCGCGCCAUGGUUAGAGUGAAGUCAGACUCGGCAGUUGCUCUGCCUUAUUAGGUAUUCUAUGCCGUAUCAAGAUAUUGAGAUCUGGCACAGGUCAGAGGCACCCCGUAUCGGAUUUUACGUACCGUGAUAUUACAUAUGUAUCAGGUGAACUGCACUAGAACACUUAUGGGGGUUUAAAGCGAUGUUACAGAUACCACCUGUGUCUUAGCUCUGUGACUGCGACCGAAAUAUGAGAUUCCAGAGUAUUCAACACCUGGCAGGUUUUGCUCUGCGCGUAUAAGUCAAACAUUCGAACAGAGUUGGAAACAUCUGGCUUGUUGGUAUUCCCCUUUAGGAAGGUGACGUGACACCUGUAUGGGAUGACAGGGUGCUGCACGUGGCACCACGUAUUCGGCACGAAACCCACUCAAUCUCAUUCUUACAUCACACUCCAUCAACUACCUCGGGCCUCGAAACUGAUGCAGCUCUUCCUUCUCGCAUUCGUGUUACCCAGGAUUCUAGCCGCUAUGGGCGAAAAGUUCAUUGUCGAGUUCGGCAGCAGCAAGGAUGAGGAGAGGAAAGCCAUGAUCAGCGAGUUGACGGCCGACGAGAGGACCAAAGUCGUUAAGCAGUUCGAUCACGCGGUCUUUUCCGGAGUUGUCAUCGAGACUGGCAACCAUAACCUGGACACUCUGCGAGCCCUCCCGAAUGUUGGCAAUGUGUGGCCAUCAAAGAAUGAGGGGUUGCUAGGGGCCCUUGGAGGACCACAGUCGUAAAAUGGGACAAGGGCACCGGGCGAUGACAACGACAACAUUGAGCGAACCCGCGAUGCACUUUCGGAACUGAUUUCAAAUUCAGCUCGAGAAGGUUGUAAGCAGUUACGUUCAGUUACGUUAUCACCCAUAGCAGCCUCGUGCCAGGAGUUGAAGCAGGGGAUUUUACUAGCAGGCGUACUUACCAACAAGUCUAGACAAGUAGCUAGGUCGCUGUUAAUGAAAAACAAGCUCGCGAGUCACUCUUCCUUGGAUUGGCUAGGGCCGUGGGAACAUGAGUGUAUUUCAUGGCCCUCGAACUUGUGAUCCAGCGGUUAUAAGAAGAGAUGGGAAAGCUGGCCGAAGUCCGGUGGUUUUGACGCACUCAUGGUUGUUCCUACCAGCACUUUCUCCAUCGUUAUAUCUAAAGUUCAAACCAAGUUCAGCAUCAGAAAUAGCAUUAAUCAUAUUUCUAUUAAGUCAAGAUAACGUAUAUGCAUAGUAAGUAGCAC